GCUGCCAUUUUGUCCGCGGUAGUAGGCAGGCAGCAAGUGGAGCCAAGCCCCUACAUAUUCAAGAAGACUUGAAUAAUACAAAAGACGACGAUAUGAGUUGGAUGUCAAGGCUCAGUGGUUUCUGAGUUUUGUUUGUUUGUCGUUGUUGCCAAUUUCAUGGAUAUAUCGGACCAAAUACGUUAAAUUCAGGUGUUCCUCUCCGAAACUCGGAGGAAGCAGGGUUAAGACAGGACGUACACUAGGUAGCUAGCUGGUGUGGUGUUAGCAGGAAGGCUAGCCAACUGGCUGCUGUCUUGUAUCCGUCUACAUCUAUCCUGAAGCUCAAGACAAGUUGAGAAGUUUGACAGUUUCACGUUGCCCAUUUUCGUUCGUUAUAUUUCGCUCGAAACCAAGGGACUCGUCUGUUCGAGGUAGCCUAAACACACAAAACGUCAGUGGAAGUUGAAUCUGAAGAAGGAUUUAAUUGUAGUGAACGUUUGUUAGUAACUGUUAGCUAGCUUGGCUAAACUGUGAUCAUAAUUCAGGGCGCAUAGUUAUCUCGCCAGUGGGCUCUGGUCUUGUUAAUUGACCGUAGGUAUCCAGCUAGCUAGCGAUGUUUAUAUGUAGCCAGCAAGCUGACAUUUCUGUUUACAAAAAACAUAGUGGGACACAUUCCUGGUUCGAAUGCAGAAACGGAAAUAUUAGCUAACACAAGCUAGUUUACUUGUUAGAUGUCAACGUUUUUUUUUUUACUAUACAGAAUACCUUGUUAAUGAUAGCUAACGUUAACUAGCUAGAUAAUUGUUAACUAAUUUGCUUAUUCAAGACCUAAUAACAUAUUGUUUGUUCGGAUUUUUAGCCAGCCAGUUGGCAGCUGAACCACCAGGUUUGAGGUUGCAACAAAUACCUAAAAUUAGUCUGACAUUUUUCAACGAUACUGGCCUAGGACGUCAUACCACUUUUUUUUUUUUUUAACGGAACCGAUUGACGUGGCCUGAAACCUCCACACUUGCCAUCACUGGUGUUACGCACGUCAGCUAAUAUCCAAUCGUUGGACAUUGUGUGUGUUUAUCAUCUAAAUAAUCGUUGUGAGUUUUGUAGCGAAACAGUGAAACACAAUGUCAGGACAGUCUAUAACGGAUCGCUUCGCAGCGGCACAGCACAGCAUGACCGGGUCUUCUAUCGGUAAAGCCGUGUGCAAGGCCACGACGCACGAAGUCAGCGGCCCCAAGAAAAAACACCUUGAUUACCUGAUCCACUGCACCAGUGAGAUGAACGUGUCGGUCCCCCAGCUGGCUGACACACUAUUUGAGAGGACAGCCAAUAGCAGCUGGGUGGUGGUCUUCAAAGCUCUGAUCGCUACACACCACCUUAUGAUGUAUGGCAAUGAGCGUCUUAUCCAGUAUCUGGCUUCUAGAAACACCCUGUUCAACUUGAACAACUUCUUGGACAAAGGUGCUCUGCAAGGUUAUGACAUGUCUACGUUCAUCCGUCGGUACAGCCGCUAUCUGAAUGAGAAGGCCAUGUCUUACAGACUGGUGGCUGUGGACUUUACCAAGAUGAAGAGAGGGAUUGACGGUGUGAUGCGCACCAUGAGCACAGAGAAGCUCAUCAAGACCUUGCCGAUUAUCCAGAACCAACUAGACACACUGUUAGACUUCCAGGCCAACCCUAAUGAGUUAACUAACGGAGUCAUCAAUGCAGCCUUCAUGCUGCUGUUUAAAGACUCCAUCCGUCUGUUUGCUGCCUACAACGAGGGUGUCAUCAACCUACUGGAGAAGUAUUUUGAUCUGAAGAAGGGUCAGUGUAAAGAGGCGUUGGACAUCUAUAAGAAGUUCCUGUACAGGAUGACCAAGCUGUCUGAGUUUCUCAAAGUAGCAGAGCAAGUUGGAAUAGAUCAGGGUGAUAUCCCCGAUCUCUCACAGGCAGUUAAAGGAUCAUGCAUUGCCCCCAGUAGUCUCCUGGAGGCUCUGGAGCAGCACCUAGCCUCUCUGGAGGGGAAGAAGACCAAGGAGCUCAGUGCUGACACCAGAGCGUCCACUCUGUCCAGUGCGGUGACGUCUCUGUCCAGUACAGGCAUGUCCUUCAGCCGCAUGGACGAGAAGGAGAGACUGCAGGCCUUAGAAGAGGAGCAGGCCAGACUGCAGGCCCUCAAGGUACAGGACCAGCGUCUGAAGGAGAUCAGUGUGUCCAUACCUCCCUCUGCUUCCCCCAGUACACAGUCGAUGGGCAGUGUCAACCACAACACCAACCAGGCCAUGGAGCUAUUCAACACACCAUCCACCAAUAGCAUGCCCAACCUCACUAGUGAUCUGUUUGACCUGCAGCCAGCCUUCAUCCCUGCUGUCCAGAACACUCCUUCCAUCUCUACAGCCGCCAGUGCCUGGGGAGGUGCUGCUGUGCAAGCCGAGUCCUCCAUAAGUGUAGAUUUUGAUGCUGUUUUUGGGGGCGGGGCUAGAGGAAUAGCCAAUAACGGCGUGCAGCCAGCCGCUGAUGGGUUUGAUGCUCUUGGGGACCUGCUGAAGCCCACAGUGUCCAACCAUAACCAGGCUCCCCCCAUGGCCCUCCACCACCCCCACCCAAGUCACCCCCAUCCAGGGUACCACCCAGGGGGCAAGCUGCUGGCCAACGACCUGGAUUCCUCCCUCGCCAACCUCGUUGGCAAUCUGCAGUUCGGAGGAGCCCCAGCCAAGAAUUUGUCUCUGUGUGCCCCGGUGUUCAGGCCAGACAUGCAGUGGAGCCAGUCUGGAGAGAAGAGGCUAACUGGGGGACACAACUGGCAGAGUAAGACCAUGACCAGCACCACGGCCUGGAACCCUGUUCCCAUGGCCCCCGCACCCAUGCCUGUACAACACCUGAAUGGGAUGUUCUAUGCCGGUUAUGCUCCAGCUCCUAUGCCUUUCCCCAUGACCACACCGCAAGUGCCUAUGUAUGGAAUGGUUCCUCAGAUGGGUCAGAUGGGGGGUGUACAGGUGAUGGCCACCCAGCCCAUGAUGUACAACCAGCCUGUACUCAGACCCACAAACCCCUUCUCCCCCAUGCCUGGAGCCCAGAUGCAGUUCAUGUAAUUUCAUCGGGGGGAGCAGAGUGACAAAAAUGAUGGCUUAAACACACAGAGCGGACGAACGAUGAAUAGGGGAACGAAUGAAUGAAAGACUGAGGGGCAGACAGAAGAAAAACCAGCCAACACCAAAUACAAGAGGAGAGGAAGAUGAACCCGGGAGAUGGAGGGAUAGAGGAGGGUAGACCCGGGAGAUGGAGAGAGAAGGGUAGAGCAAGGAAGAGGGGAGAUUGGGGAGUGUUUAUGAUAUCAUAAAGGCUUACCUCUCUGUCUGAAACAGCCCCCACCCCCCCCAAAAUAAAUACAGAACCCCCAUAAAUGGAUAGGUCUUUUGGAGUAGACAGUGUGAAGGGGUCAGGUUUGAAAGGUCAUAGGUUCAUUACACUUAGGACCAGUGUGUACAUUGACUUUUCUGUGUUGGGUUAGUUUGUCUUCUGUUACCUUUGGUGUAGAUAGAUGGAUUACGACCUGUUAAAAUGACUGGGACUCUUCGAUGUUGUAGGUAUGUUACUGAGCUGAUAUUGAGCACUUUUGACACACACACAUAGACAGACAGAGGUGUGGAUCUAGCCAUGGGCAGAACGGACUGAUUUGUCUAGAAACAAUUCGCAGGUUACAGCUGGAGCCAUCCUCUCUGGUUGGUGAGAUACUUACAAACCGGUAGGAACUCAGUAGUUUGUGUUCUGGUUUUCUAUCUCUGUGUGUGCGCACACUGUUUAUAAAGCAUUACUUAGAGAGCUGGUCUCUAGCUGCUUUCUUAGACUAAAAGGUCACCAAAUUAAAGCUGUUUUUUGUUUUCCAAUUUUCUCACUGUUACUCAUCAACAGGGUGGAAAUGUUUGUCCCUGCUCGCUAGCCGUCCUUGACUGUUUGCUAGUUCAGAAGAAGGCACUUAAGGUCAGUAUGUUACCCGUGGGAGGUGUUUCAGACAUGGAGAAGCCGUCACCAGGUGUAAUCAUACUGGAUAGAAAACAUUACGGACACCCCUCCACCCUCACCAUCAUCCUACCGUCAUUCAGACUGGAUAGGAAACAUUACGGACACCCCUCCACCCUCACCAUCAUCCUACCGUCAUUCAGACUGGAUAGAAAACAUUACGGACACCCCUCCACCCUCACCAUCAUCCUACCGUCAUUCAGACUGGAUAGAAAACAUUACGGACAACCCUCCACCCUCACCAUCAUCCUACCGUCAUUCAGACUGGAUAGGAAACAUUACGGACACCCCUCCACCCUCACCAUCAUCCUACCGUCAUUCAGACUGGAUAGAAAACAUUACGGACACCCCUCCACCCUCACCAUCAUCCUACCGUCAUUCAGACUGGAUAGAAAACAUUACGGACACCCCUCCACCCUCACCAUCAUCCUACCGUCAAUCAGACUGGAUAGAAAACAUUACGGACACCCCUCCACCCUCACCAUCAUCCCAACUCUCAGCUGCUUCUCAUGUAUUCUCUGUCUGUCCAUGGAGAGAGCUAGAGAACUGUUGAGUGCAUCUGAAAUGGCACCCUGUUCUCUAUCAAGUGCACUACUGCCCUAAGGGCCCUGGUUAAAAGUAGUGGCCUACACUAUUUAGAGAAUAGGUUGCCAUCUGGGAACAUUGCUGAUGUAAAAUGUUUCUAACCCCUCUACCCCUCUACUGACCCCUCUACCCCUCUACUGCAUCUUGUAAAAACAGUUUCCUCAUCCUUCUGUACCCACGAAUUUUGACGGAUUCAUGCUUACACACACACACACACACACACACACACACACACACACACACACACACACACACACACACACACACACACACACACACACACACAGACACACACACAGACAGACACACACACACACACACACACACACACACACACACACACACACACACACACACACACACACACACACACACACACACACACACAGGCAUGCAAUAACGUGUGCAUACAGAUGUGCACACCUGCAUGUAGCACGUUACACACACACACACACACACACACACACACACACACACACACACACACACACACACACACACACAUGCAGAAACACACACUGAACAAUGUUAGAUUUUUCUGGGAUAAUUCUGGUGGUAAUAAUGUCAAUUUAAAUUUUUAUAUUCUUGUAUCGUAAUGUCAUUACUCAUUUAUGUAUUGUUUUAAAGCAAUGCUCUGUCACUUUUCCUCCCAAUUAUCAAGAUGUCAUAUGAAAGGAUGUCAAAGUAACUUCUGGUGUCAAGCAAUGAUAUUAUCCUGUUGUUGAGUCCAAGAUAACUCUCAUAACGGGUGUUUUCAGGAUGUUUUGAACAGUCUGUGUGUCAACAAGGUUGCUACUGGUUCACACACUGAACCUUAUUGCCAAGGAUUACUUUACCGUUAAAUACUUUUUUUGGGGGGGCACAUGGAGUUGAAAAUGGACAACCCAUUACUGGUUUGCUAACACUCUGGUUCCCAUAUGCUUAAUGAAAGGAUGUCAAUGGAACUAUUGCAGCUCAGGGGUUAACAACUUUUGGCCAAAAUAACCAUUUUGCCACAAUUUCCACUGUCGUAAUUCCCCUGUAUGAAACGCAUUGCUGUGUUUUCCUGUGUAACACGCCCAUGUGUUGCUCACCCAGGGCUGUUUUCUGUCUGUUUCCUGCAUCUUGGUAGCAGGUCUGUUUCCUGGCUCUUGGUAGCAGGUCUGUUUCCUGGCUCUUGGUAGCAGGUCUGUUUCCUGGCUCUUGGUAGCAGGUCUGUUUCCUGGCUCUUGGUAGCAGGUCUGUUUCCUGGAUCUUGGUAGCAGGUCUGUUUCCUGGCUCUUGGUAGCAGGUCUGUUUCCUGGCUCUUGGUAGCAGGUCUGUUUCCUGGCUCUUGGUAGCAGGUCUGUUUCCUGGCUCUUGGUAGCAGGUCUGUUUCCUGCCUCUUGGUAGCAGGUCUGUUUCCUGGCUCUUGGUAGCAGGUCUGUUUCCUGGCUCUUGGUAGCAGGUCUGUUUCCUGCCUCUUGGUAGCAGGUCUGUUUCCUGCCUCUUGGUAGCAGGUCUGUUUCCUGCCUCUUGGUAGCAGGUCUGUUUCCUGCCUCUUGGUAGCAGGUCUGUUUCCUGCCUCUUGGUAGCAGGUCUGUUUCCUGCCUCUUGGUAGCAGGUCUGUUUCCUGCCUCUUGGUAGCAGGUCUGUUUCCUGCCUCUUGGUAGCAGGUCUGUUUCCUGGCUCUUGGUAGCAGGUCUGUUUCCUGGCUCUUGGUAGCAGGUCUGUUUCCUGGCUCUUGGUAGCAGGUCUGUUUCCUGGCUCUUGGUAGCAGGUCUGUUUCCUGGCUCUUGGUAGCAGGUCUGUGCUCUCUUGCCAACUUCUUAUGUAAUUGUCAUGCUAAAUGCUGCCCAUGGAGUAGGCAAAAGCACAAACAGACCUGGGACCAGGCUAAUAUCUUGGCGCUGAAGUCGAUGAUGACUAUGCCCCCUGAUGUACGUACAGCUCUAGAUUCUUCCUCUGGUCUCUCCAAUGCCUGUCUAGUAUGUACAGCUCUAGAUUCUUCCUCUGGUCUCACCAAUGCCUGUCUAGUAUGUACAGCUCUAGAUUCUUCCUCUGGUCUCAUCCAGUGCCUGGUAGUUUAUAGUUAUAAAAUAUCCCCCUCCUUGUAUACUGUCAGGUAGACCCAGCUCUAGAAUUACCCCCGUCUUGCUGUCUCUUCUUCAUUCUCCUAUAGAUACGCCUUUAGAAUCCCCUUUUAACUUCCUGUUUCGCUGGGCUCUGUCAUUGGCCUUCACUGCUUCUGCUGUGAGUGGGCAUGUCUCCACUCCACAGUGUCCAUCAAUCCUGGAAACUUUAAAACUGUCUUGGUUUGGAUCAUAUGCAUCAAUAGCCAAUCGGCUGGCUACGGGUGUUAUUAUCAUCCUUAUGACAGAUGAGGCCUGUUGUCUUUCUGAAAUGUCUCUGUCUAAAGGAUAGCCUCGCUAUAGUAGCACCUGUGUAAGGGGGGGUUGAGUGGUGGUUUGGAACUUAAGGGCUCCCCUCAAUCUUUGUGGCCCAAAACAGAUGCCCUUCUCUGGACUCCUCGGGUUCAUACAGUCCCUGAAUCUGGUGGGCAUGGAGCUCUGGGUAGCAGUUGGUCUUUUAGGCGCAGAUCUAGGAUCAACCCAUAAGCCAUAUGGCUCUGGUCUAAAGUAGUGCACUAUAUAGGGAACAGGGCUCUGGUCAAAAGUAGUGCACUAUAUAGGGAAGCUGGUGCCAUUUGAAAUGCAACUUAUUGUUUGCCAUUAAAAAAAAAAGUAAUCUCCCAAAACAUUUAUUUUUCAUUUCUCCUGAAUUUAUCACGUCUUGUGUUCUCCAGUUUGUCUUUAAUUAUUAUUUUGGGGAUUCCAUGCAGAAAAACAAUGUAUAAAACAAGUCCUGCCUGUAAAUUGAGGUGUUUUGUGUAAAUUUGAGCUGGUUUCAAAAUGGUGGAAAGGCAGAGAGAGUGACAGCGUGGAGAGUUGUGAUGUCUUGUCCUCGCUACACCUUAAAAGCCUGGUGAAACAAGACUGAAACGUAAGCAUAUCAGCUUGGAUUUCAGGCUAGUUAAAAGCAUGACCUGAUCUACUCUGUCAACUCUCUCAAGUGUCCGUGUUGUCAUGAAAAGGCACCCCUAACCUAACCUGCUACAAGAACCGGUACCCCUAACCUAACCUGCUACAAAACCGGUACCCCUAACCUACAAGAACCAGUACCCCUAACCUAACCUGCUACAAGAACCGGUACCCCUAACCUGCUACAAGAACCGGUACCCCUAACCUGCUACAAGAACCGGUACCCCUAACCUGCUACAAGAACCGGUACCCCUAACCUGCUACAAGAACCGGUACCCCUAACCUGCUACAAGAACCGGUACCCCUAACCUGCUACAAGAACCGGUACCCCUAACCUAAACAGACCUAUUCAAUCUCAAUUGUCUUUCCUUGAUUCCUGCCUUCUCAAAAUGCAUUGGUCUGACGGGUGUAGUCUGACCCACUUUUCCAAAGAUGCCAUGUAACUUUUCCUCCUAUUGAAAUGUUUUUUUUUGAUAAUAUCUAAGUGAAGCACCCUCUGUUGGGUGAGCCUUUUCAUACGAGACACGUGUCAGUAUAUCUGAAACGCACAAAGGAAGAGGGAGGCUUUUGGGGUUAUGAAUGGAUACGUUUGGAUAAAUCUCUCCCUGAAAUGUAUUUGUUUUAUCUGUUUAAAAAAAAAAAGAA